AUGGCAAAGACGAGGCCCACCCAUUCUUCUUCCGCCUCCGCUUCCGCUUCCGUCGCCGGCGGGGUGGAGCCGCGGAUUAAAAUUAUCUCCAUUGGCUCCCUGGGGGUGGGGAAGAGCUGCGUCAUCAAGCGAUACUGCGAGGGGCGCUUUGUGGCAAAGUACAUCCCCACAAUUGGCAUUGACUACGGGGUGAAGCGGGUGGGGGUGCGGGCACCGGCGCACAUGUCGCCCGCGCCGCCCAAUUUUUUUGUUCGCGUGAACUUCUGGGACAUGUCCGGCAGCGAGGAGUUUCUGGAGAUCCGCAACGAGUUUUACUACGCGGCGGAGGGCGUCUUGAUCGUUUACGACGUCACCGACGCCGCAAGCUUCGCCGCCCUUGACGCGUGGGUGGCGGAGAUGCAGACGUACAUGAACGCCGCCCGCAGCGGCGGUGGCGGCGGCGAGACGGUCAGCGCCCGCCCCGCCGCAAAGCCGCCGGUGGUGGUGGUGUGCGCCAACAAAGUCGACGACGAGGUCGACGGCGGCAGGAAGCGGGCGGUCAGCGAGGCGGACGGGCGGCGGUGGGCGGAGGGCCACGGCUACAAGUACUUCGAGGUGAGCGCCUGCACCGGCCUGCACGUGGCGGAGAUGUUUGAGACGCUCUUCAACGACGUGGUGGCGGCGUUCAUGUGA